AUGACCUCCGAAAAACGAGUAUGUGUCUUCUGUGCUUCACGGCCAGGAACAAAUCCAAAAUUCGCUGCAGCCGCUGAGAGCCUGGCAGAAGAGUUAUAUCAACAGUCAUGGAGCCUAGUUUACGGCGGUGGAAACCGAGGCCUGAUGGGCUCUGUUGCUAAAACAUUGUUUGACAAAGGUGGGAAGGUUCAUGGGAUAAUUCCAAGAGCCCUUAUUCGACGUGAAGUGGAAGGGGAAAUGGAUAUUGGGACUGUCGCAGUGGUGGAAAGCAUGCACGAGCGGAAGAACGAGAUGGCAAAAGUCAGUGAUGCAUUUGUUGCAUUGCCAGGUGGAUUUGGUACUCUGGAUGAGCUGGUCGAGAUUAUAACCUGGAGCCAAAUUGGGAUACACGCGAAACCAAUUGUCUUAUUCAAUGUCGAUGGGUUCUUUGACAAUUUCCUAAAGAUGAUGGAAGACUUCUACAGCAAUGGUUUUGUAGAAGAAGAAACAAGGGGAAUACUAAGAGUAGCUACAACUUCCGGUGAGGUUAUCUCUGCCAUUGAAUCCUAUAUCCCCCCAGAUGGACGCAUGAAGCUUGCUUGGGACGAGAAACCAAACCCAUAG